UCGGAGGGGUAAUUGCCGGAGGCUGGUUUCUAAAAUACAGUAAACGUUAAUUUUUACGUUUGUGGAAUGAUAUACUUCUUUCGAAAAGAAGUGUCAGGGGUUGAAACUUCGAAGUGAUCACAACACGGGAGUUUGCUUUGUGAAUACUCGGGAUUUCUCACGGAGAGUACUUGGGACUUGAUGGUCCUGGUUUCUCAGACACAGGCACAUAGAGAGUGGCACAAUCUGGUCGCUGAAUAGCUCUGCCCGCAGUAGCCAGAGACGAUGGCCCCAGCUUUGACAGAGGCGGCUCCGGACGGCCAUGGAAUCCACCUGUCUUCCCCGCUGGGGUCGAGCAGCAUCGAUCUGAACGGGUCCCUCCUGGGCCUGGAGCUCGACCCGCCACAGAAGCUGAUGGAGGACGACUGCUCCCAGACAGCCUGGCUGAACCUCACCUUUCUGCCCUCCCCCGACACCUGCUCCAAGGACGCCCUGGAGCUCCAGAGCCCGUUCCUGUCUCCCCUGGUCCAGUCCAUGGGGAGCUACAGGACCAUGCUCCAGUCCAGCCCCGGGACUCUUCUCAACCUCCUGUCCCUGAACAAGAGCCUGGCCAGCCCCGUGCUGGCAUGUCCACCGGGCCCGGACACUUACAUCCUGUCUGUCCCCGAACACAAGGGCCAGGCGGUGGUGCGGUCUUUCCGGGGCGCGAGCCCGAAACAUCCCCCGCCAAUGGAGCGCUGCCUCAGGGGGGCCGAGCCCCAGGCCCAAUCGCUGCUCCUCCCGCCCCCGUGGGUCAAAGGGGAGAGGGAGGUGGGCUGGCCCCAAACCCAGGCCCAACCCAAGAGCGCCCCGCAGAGGGAGACCCUGCUGGGCCGCACGCGGCGCUGUCGCUCCCGGCAACACGCCCUGCUGGGGCGGGCCUCCCGGGUGCAGCGGGGGCUGCAGGCUGUGCUGGGGGAACUUGCGGUCCGGCACUGCGGUGGCCAGGUGAGCGGGCUGAAGGGGGCGCUCCUGGGGUCCCUGUCCCCCCCGGAGACACACUGGCCCGUGGAGGCCAAGACGUUCCUCACCCCCGUGGGGCUGGACGCGGAUGAGGAGGGGGCUCUGUGGGGCAGCCUGGCCUUCUCCCCUCCCCCUCAGAAGGCACCCUCUCCCCCGCGGAGGGAGGACGUCCGGACGUUCGUCUCUCAGGCCCGAGCCGUGAUGAGCGAGGCGCGGACCGCGCUGGACUCGGACGUCACAGACAGCAGCUCUGACGAGGAGCGGGACGUAGGAGGGGCUCGAGGACCCAGCUGCCCGCCAGCGUGUCAGGGGGCAGAGUGGGAGUGGUGGUCGGAGCGGGCGGAGAUCGGCAGCAGGUGGACCUGGCUGCAGGUUCACGUGUCGGAGCUGGAGUUCCAGAUCCAGCAGCUCAGUAACCUCCAGAGGCAGAUCAGCUCCACUAAGGGCGGGGUGGUCCUGGCCGACCCUCCUGCUGGCCGGGGUCUGCAGGCGCUGCUGACGGAGGAGAGGUUGGACCGAGACGACCACGCCUUCACCUCCGACCUCGAGCUGGAGCCCAGCAGCCCCACGCGUCUGCUGAGGAACAUCGAGAAACAGAGUGCCCAGCUGACUCAGAUCGUCAACAGCCUGAUGCCCCCCUUCGGGUUCUCACCGUCCUCAUCGCCCACGUCCAAACCGCCCUGCCGCUGGAAGGGCCGGGGCAAGAGGAGCCUGAGCAGUGACCCGUGUUUCCAGGCUGACCUGCUGCCGGGCCAGGUGGGGCUGAAGAGGAAGCGGGCGUGUCGCAGGAGGUCAAAGUUCGCCCAGCCGGACAGCACCUGCGUCGCUGCCCGGACGCGCCCCCUGCUGACCUAUCACAAGCCGCGCCUCUUCACCCUGGACCCGCCCGCCUGCCUGCACAGACAGGGUCCGGUGGCCGUCCCCAGCUGGGACCCCUGCGACCCCACGGCUGCACACGCACGCCCCUCGCACCCCCGUGACCUCACGACAAGGGGCAGGUGUAGGGAGGUGGAGCAGACCAGGCCACACCCGGUCAUUUCCCUCACCUCAGAGACGCCUCUCCCCACCCUGCUCCAGACUGCCCUCUGCAGGGAGGACUGGGUCCAGCGGGCAGGGCCCGUAAAGAUGGAGGAUUCCGGUUUGUGCAGGUGCCCCCGCUUUGAGGAAAAAGCGCCCCGUUUCCCAGCUCUCUUUGAUUGCGGUCGCAACAAGGUGCAUCAUGGGAAGAGGUCCAGGCGGGGCUGCGGGGAGAGGUCGCCGGUCAGGUGCUGCCCCGGGCGGGCGUGGCGUGGAGGGAGGAGAAGAAGGGUCAGUGGCUGGAGGGCAGAAGAUGGAGACGUUUUCUUGUCCCAGCUGUCAGAGUCGUCCUACAGCCUCCCGCCGACCCCUGAGGACAGCCCACCUGACCUCCUGACCCCACGAGCCACUCAGACACACAAACAGCCUGCACAGACCUCGGCCCGCCGGCGUCUCCGUGGCGAGUGUUUCUACGACAUCGAUGAUGUCAUCAUCCCCAUGUCGCUGGCGGUCAGCGGCAAGGCGGAGCAGCUGCAGUAUAAGAACAUCCUCACUCCCAGCUGGCGAAUCGUCAACACGCUGCCUCUGGAGGAGAGGGAGGGGGGCGAGGAGGAGGAGGAGGGGGUGCUGGACGAGGCCUUCUCUCUCCGGCACCAGGCGGAGGAGGGCCGGGAGCGUCUGCGCUGGUGCUCCAGGACACGCGGGCGCGGCCGGAGGAGGAGCCGCAGGUGA